UGUUGCGCAUGCGCAGUGCAGGGCGCCCCGAUCCGUUCCCGGAGCAACAGGGAAAAUGGCAGCGCUCACCGCCCUCACUCAGCUGUCGAGUGGGAACCCAAUGUUUGAAAGUUUUUACAGACAGGUGGAUCCAGGAAACACAGGGAGAGUCGGACCCACAGAGGCUGCCUUGUUCCUAAAGAAGUCAGGACUGCCUGAUAUCACUCUGGGAAAGAUUUGGGACCUAGCUGAUCCAGAUGGAAAAGGAUUUCUAGACAAACAGGGAUUUUAUGUUGCUCUUCGGCUCGUGGCCUGUGCACAGAGUGGUCAGGAUGUGUCUCUAGCAAGUUUAACCAUCACUACACCCCCUCCUAAAUUUAAGGACCAGAGCAGCCCCUCUUUAACUGGUGCACCAUCAAGUGACUGUGGGCACUGGGCAGUUAGGCCUGAAGAAAAGAGCAAGUUUGACGGUAUUUUUGAAAGUCUUGCACCAGUAAAUGGGCUCCUCUCUGGUGAAAAGGUCAAACCAGUUCUUAUGAACUCAAAGCUGCCUGUGGAUGUUUUAGGAAAGGUUUGGGAUCUGAGUGAUAUCGAUAAAGAUGGACAUUUGGACAAGGACGAGUUUGCAGUGGCCAUGCACCUGGUGUAUCGUGCCCUGGAGAAAGAGCCGGUUCCCUCUGUCCUGCCCUCCUCCCUCAUUCCUCCAUCCAAAAGAAAGAAAUCUGCAGGCUCAUUGCCCGGCAUGGCCCCUGUACUGCCAGGCAGUCCACCACCACCUAAAGACAGUCUACGCUCCACACCCUCCCAUGGCAGCAUGAAUUCUCUAAACAGUGCUGGGAGCCUCUCCCCUAAACACACCAUUAAAUCCUCACAGCACUCUGUGAACUGGGUAGUGCCAGCAGCAGACAGACAGCGCUACGAUGACAUCUUCCUGAAGACAGACGCUGACCUUGACGGCUUUGUCAGCGGCCAGGAAGUCAAAGAUAUCUUCAUGCACUCUGGUCUUCCCCAGAAUAUUCUGGCACAUAUAUGGGCUUUGGCAGACACUAGGCAGAUGGGCAAGCUGACCCGAGAGCAGUUUGCAUUGGCCAUGCAUUUCAUCCAGCAGAAAGUGAGUAAAGGCUUGGACCCUCCACAAGCCCUGACCCCGGAAAUGAUCCCACCCUCAGAGAGGGGCACCCCUAAUAUGUCUGGUUAUAUGACGCCGGUGGGCUCAGAGAUGGCAGCCCUGACUGAGAUGCGCAGAGACAGCUCCAGCUCUGUGGGAUCUGGCGAGUUUACUGGAAUCAAGGAGCUGGAUGAUAUCAGCCAGGAGAUCGCUCAGCUGCAGAGCACACUCGCUUUUACUCACUGGGACAUGCUCAGGGAGAAAUACACUCUGGAACAGGACAUUAGAGAAGCAGAGGAGGCCAUCCGACACAAAACUACUGAAGUCCAGGAGAUGCAGAAUGAUCUGGAUCGGGAGACGUGCAGUCUGCAGGAGCUGGAAGCCCAGAAACAAGAUGCUCAGGACCGACUGGAUGAGAUGGACCAGCAGAAGGCCAAGCUGGAAGACAUGCUCAAUGAAGUGCGUCAGAAAUGCCAGGAGGAGUCCCAAAUGAUCACCUCUCUGCAGACCCAGAUCCAUUCUCAGGAGUCUGACCUGUUAAACCAGGAAGAGGAGCUGAGUCGAGCCAAAGCAGACCUGAGCCGACUGCAGCAGGAGGAGAGCCAGCUGGAGCAGAGUCUUCACGCUGGCAAGAUCCAGCUGGAGACCAUCAUCAAGUCCCUGAAGGCUACACAGGACGAGAUUAACCAGGCUCGCAGCAAGCUGUCCCAGAUCCAGGACAAUCAGCACGAAAUGAGCAAAAGCAUCGAGCAGUACAGCAGCGCGCUGAACGGCACCCACGGGGGCAGCAUGACCAACCUGGCCGACAUGAGCGAGGGCUUCCCUGAGAAGGAGAACGGGGGCUUCGGGGCCAUGGAGGAUCCCUUCAAAGUGAAGACCAACGUGUUCAACAGCAACCCUCAGGAGAUGCACACGGACCCCUUCCAGUCUGAAGACCCUUUCAAAUCCGACCCCUUCAAAGGUGACCCUUUCCAGAAUGAUCCUUUUGCCAAGCAGCCUCCCACAGCUACAGAUCCUUUCGGGGGAGAUCCUUUUAAAGAGACCGACCCCUUCAAGACCACUUCAGAAGACUUCUUCAAACGGCCGGCCAAGGCCGACCCCUUCACCAGCUCUGAUCCUUUCAGCAAAAGUGCUACACUCCCAGCUAAGCCUCAUCACUUUCCAAGCAACGACCCGUUCGCCUCCACCAGUCCCAAACCGAAAGGCGCAGAUCCAUUCGGAACACUGGACCCCUUUGGAAGCAGCUCUUUCGGCAGCAACAGUGGCUUUGCUGACUUUAGCCAGAUGUCAAAGCCGCCGGCCUUUGUAGACGACCUCUUCAGCAGAAAGCAGGACACUCCAGCUCUCCCUCCCAAGAAGACCAUACCACCACGACCCAAACCGCCCAGCGGUAAAAGCACCCCGACUCACAUGCCCGGCUCGGCGGACUCGUCCAAGUCAAGCGAUCCCUUCCAGCCCUUCGGCUCCGACGUCAACGACCCGUUUCAGAGUAAAAAAGGGGUCGGGGACCCAUUUAGUGGCAAAGAUCCGUUUGCACCGUCUGCUUCAAGUAAAGCCUCUAAAGACUCUUCCUUGGGUUUUGCAGACUUCAGCUCUUUUGGUAAUGAGGCCCAGCAGAUGGAGUGGGCGAAGCGCGAGAGCGAGAGAGCAGAGCGAGAGCGGCUGAAGAGGCUCCGGCAGCAAGAGCAGGAAGACCUGGAGCUCGCCAUCGCCCUCAGCAAGGCCGAAAUGUCCAACACCUGACCGCCCUGCCCUCGCACGCACCUUCCUCACGCCACUGACCGAGGAAAGUGUGUGUACGUGUGUGUGUGAGAGAGAGAGAGCGAGAGAGAGAGAGUGUAUAAAAGAGAAAAUGAAAAAAACUAAAUGAGGGAAUUCUCAUUGUCUAAACAUUUCCCUUUGUUUUAAUGUGACGUGUCGAUACGGGGCGACCCAUCUUCAUUCUACAUGCACUGCAUUAACCUGCACUACUCUGACAGACAGAAAUAGUUUAUUUAAGGUGUCAAUGUGUGUUUGCGAGUGUGUGUGAGCGCGUGUGUGAGCGUGUGUGUGUAUGAGUGUGUGUUUGUGCAUGUAUGUGUCUCAAUCCAGUGAAACUGUUAAGUGAGCCAUAGAUAGAUACUAAGAACGGUCAAUAAAACCCUUCUUUAAUCUUUUUUCUUUUUUUUAACUGGAAAAAGAAACAAACGCUGAAGAAACGGAUGACGGAAUUCAUAUCAUAAGUAUUUUUAUGUUGUUUUAUGUUUGUUUCAGUUGCUCCCUCCAUGUCCCAAGUGUUGUAUCACAUGAUAUCUCACACAGGUCUUCGUAUUACAUGGAGAAUGUUAAAGGGAAUGCGAUAUUUGCGUAAGAAUCAGGGAUGCGAGAUGAUAUUUUAGACUUGGGAUUGGGAUCAAUUUAAAAUAAUUAAGAUAAUCUGAAUCUACAGUUUGUUCUUUAUAGUGUUUCCACAUUUCUUAACGAUUGGACCAAAAAAAUGCUCUCAAAUUGAUUAAUUGGAAUAUGUAAUUUGUCUAAAUUGAAUUUAAAUCUAUUUCCAUUGAAAUUCAGUAGGAAGCUUAUUUUCCCCCCUUUUCUGUAACAAUGCUAUUUUGGAGAUACAAGCUUUUAAACGUUUAAAAAAACGUUUAAGUCAGUAGGGAAAAUGCUAAUCAAUUAUUUUAAUAUUUGAAAAUUUAGAGGCUGUUUACACCUUGCGUCAGCAUGUGUUUUAUUUCUAAAGCGUAGCUGGCAUUAUUUCUGCCAGUUUUGUCAAUCGAUAAAAAAAAAAAACAGAUUAAUCAAAACAAUAUUUUGUGAUUAUACAUUAAUCAUGAUUAUAUAAUAUAAUCGUGAUUUAAUUGUGAUUAAUCGCACUUGGUCAUCACAACGCUCGUCUCUACUACACUAGUGGUGGUGGUAAAUUGCCUAGCUAUGCUUCGCAACCUUACUGAAGCUCAGUGAUUACCUGUUCAACAGAAAAAAAGAAAACUUUUUGUUUCCACGGCUGUAGCAGCACACUGUUUGCACACCCAGGUGUGGAAAUGGGUAGCUGUCUGUUGUAAGGUGUAAACAGCCUCUCUAUAAAUGAAAAUUAAACUAUCUAUCAGCAUCUGCUUUAGCAGAUAUCGACAUAAAAAAUAUCUUCAUCAGUACACCAUUCUUAUAUCAGCUCAUCCCUAACUGUAAUAAGCUUUACGCUUAGUCUGUUACAGAAAUUGUAGAGAUAAUGUUUGAUUACGACUAAAACAAACGAUCUGUACAUGUCUGUUUUAUUUCUUUAUUUUUGUCAGUACUGUUAGGUGUCUGUAAAACUGUGUAGGUUGGACAGACCACGGUGCUAAUCACUCCAUGAGCCUAUAAGCACAACCACUUCCCAAACUCUCUCCCUCUGAAAAGAGGGGAAAAAAGGUCAAAUUAAAGCUUGUGUUCACUAUCCUCCAAACCGCGGCUAUACAGUACUGUGCAGAAGUCUUCAGAACCAAAACGCACCGUUUACAACCACUAAUUUGAAA